AUGAGGAGGGAGAACCAGAGCAGUGCGUCCCAGUUCCUCCUCCUGGGGCUCCCCAUCCGGCCAGAGCAGCAGAGUGUGAUCUUUGCCCUGUUCCUGGGUGUGUACCUGACUACAGUGCUGGGAAACCUGUUCAUCAUCCUACUCAUCAGACUGGACUCUCGCCUCCACACCCCCAUGUACUUCUUCCUCAGCCACUUGGCCUUCACUGAUGUCUCCUUCUCAUCUGUCACCGUCCCAAAGAUGCUGAUGAACAUGCAGACUCAGCAACUCUCCAUCUCAUACCCAGGGUGUAUGUCACAGACGUAUUUUUAUCAACUUUUUGGUUGUGUAGAUAAUCUCCUUCUUGCAGUGAUGGCAUAUGACAGGUACGUGGCCAUCUGCCACCCUCUCCACUAUACCAUCAUCAUGAGGGAGGGGCUCUGUCUGCUGCUGGUGGCUGUCUCUUGGAUUCUCUCCUGUGGCAGUGCCCUCUUGCACACACUCCUCCUGGGCCAGGUGUCCUUCUGUGCUGACAAUGUCCUUCCCCACUUUUUCUGUAGCCUCUCCAUUCUACUCAAGCUGUCCUGCUCAAAUACCUCUCUCAAUGAACUAGUCAUAUUCACUGCAGGGGGUGCAAUUAUAAUUUUUCCAUUCAGUGGCAUCCUGGUCUCUUAUGGCUGCAUUGGGGCUUCUAUCCUGAGGGUCCCCUCUACCAAAGGGAUUUGGAAAGCCUUGUCCACCUGUGGCUCCCAUCUCUCUGUGGUGUCUCUAUUCUAUGGAACAAUUAUGGCACUGUACUUUUCCUCCUCAUCAAACAACUCCAAUGACACAGACAUGAUUGCCUCACUGAUGUAUACAGUGGUGACCCCCUUGUUGAACCCCUUCAUCUAUAGCCUAAGGAACAAAGACAUGAUAUUGGCUCUGGAGAUUCUUUUCAGAAAGAAUAUCCUUUUAGUCAAGUGA